UUGUCAUUGAACCUUCACCUCAGCCCCUAUAUAAACCACCCCUCUCCUCAUUUCACAACAACCCAAUCAAUUUCCAAUCUUCGAAACCUAAUUUUCUUUUCUCUCAUCGCUCUUUCUUUCCGUUGUUUUUCUUUCGGUCCUCAAUUUUCUUCAUUCUCUGUCAAAAUUCACAAUCCUGAUUCGUAGAAAAGAAAUCGAGAAGCACAGAUCGGUCUCCAAUUGUUUAAAAACUAAAGUUGUGUGAAUGAACUAAUGGAGUCAAAAGGUGGUAAGAAGAAGUCUAGCAGUAGUAGUUCCUCCUUUUUGUACGAAGCUCCUCUCGGUUACAUCAUUGAAGACGUUCGACCCAACGGUGGCGUAGAAAAAUUCAAAUCUGCUGAUUACUCAAACUGCACCCGCAAACCAUCCUGAGAUUUUCUGGGUUCUGAUAUAGUUUUUAGGUUUAUAAUUCUGCAAAAUUAUUCAGUGUCCUCCUCUCCUUUUUCUUGUCCUCCCUCCUCUUUGCUUUUUUCUUCAACCCUUGUUCCCUUUCUCUACAAACAACAAAAAUUGUUUUCUCCUUUGAGUCAAGAUGACCAUGACAAACUCAGCUAUCGGUUUUGAAGGCUAUGAAAAGAGGCUUGAGAUAACUUUUUUCGAAAACGGUUUUUUCUCUGACCCUGCUGGAUUAGGCCUCCGAGCAUUGUCCAAAGACCAAAUUGACGAGAUUCUGAAACCAGCAGAAUGCACCAUUGUUGACUCACUAUCUAAUGACUGUGUUGAUUCAUAUGUUCUUUCUGAGUCAAGCUUAUUCAUUUAUGCAUACAAACUUAUCAUCAAAACCUGUGGGACUACCAAAUUGCUUCUGUCCAUCCCUGCCAUUCUUAAGCUUGCUGAUGGUCUUAACAUUGCUGUGAAAUCGGUGAGAUACACUCGCGGAAGCUUCAUUUUCCCUGGAGCUCAAUCAUUCCCUCAUCGAAGCUUCUCCGAGGAAGUUGCUGUUCUUGACAGCUAUUUUGGCAAACUAGGUUCUGGUAGCCAAGCCUACAUGAUGGGUAAUGCUGAUAAGUCACAAAUUUGGCACAUUUACUCUGCUAGUGCUAAGCUAGAAGCUUCACCGGAAGCUGUCUAUGGCCUUGAAAUGUGCAUGACUGGUUUAGAUAAAGAAAAAGCAUCUGUGUUUUUCAAGACAGAAGGAUCUUCAGCCGGUUUGAUGACCAAGAAUUCUGGAAUCAGGAAGAUCCUUCCAAAAUCUGACAUUUGUGACUUUGAAUUUGAACCUUGCGGGUACUCAAUGAAUGGAAUUGAAGGAAGUGCAAUAUCCACUAUCCAUGUCACCCCCGAAGAUGGGUUCAGCUAUGCAAGCUUUGAAGCAGUAGGUUAUGACUAUUCAGAGAAAUCUCUGAAUGAACUUGUUGGAAGGGUUUUAGCAUGUUUCUAUCCAGCUGAGUUUUCUAUUGCUUUGCACAUUGAUACAAAUGGUGAAAAGAUUGACAAAUUUCCUUUGGAAGUUAAAGGAUACAACUGUGGAGAAAGGAUCAAUGAAGUGCUUGGUGAAGACGGUGCAGUCGUGUACCGUACCUUUGUUCGAAUUGACGGCUGCUCAUCUCCAAGGUCUACUCUGAAAUGUUGCUGGAGUGAGGAUGAGAACGAGGAGGAAGUUAAGGAGAUAUAAUAAUACUUUUUUCUUUAUGUUCUGUUCGUGUUUAUGUUAACUGUUAUCAGGGUUACCUGAAUAAAUAAGCUUUCGUUGUGAAAGCGAGUCUAUAAACUUGUUGUGUUAUGUUUGCUUGUUACUUUUAUAUCUGAGUCUUGUACCUGAAUUAUAUAUCUAAAUAAAUUAUAUUAAUUAUGUAUUUGCUAUGU